AUGGAUAUUUUAAAAGCUGAAAUAGCCCGUAAACGAAAGUUAUUGGAAGAAAAAGAACUUCUAGGCACUGAUAAAAAGUAUUUUAAAAGAGGAGAACUUAUAGCUAAAGAACAAGAAGAGUACAGGAAGAAGUAUUAUUCUCUUAACGAAGCAGACGAUAAGUCCUCCACCAUAUCAGAUGGUGACAAAAUCGAGUCUGAUGUUCAGCAUAGUAUUUUACCUCGACAAGAAGUGAUAACGCGGUUAAGGGAUCGAAAUGAGCCAAUCCUGCUUUUUGGCGAAACAGAAAUAGAUGCAUUUAAGAGACUGCGAAAAUGGGAGCUUCUGGAACCUGAAGUAAACAAAGGUUUUCGCAAUGAUUUUCAAGAAGCCAUGGAACAAGUGGAUCAAGCUUAUCUCAAUGAGCUGCUUAAAGAUUCUGAGGCAACCAAGAGUACAGAAAAAGUUGACAAGAAAAAACAUGAAACAACUAUUGGCUAUGAGGAGAUAAGGGAAAUGGCUAAGAGUAUGGGGCGAGGCAAUAGGGAACAUGAUAUGACUGUUAUUGUAUAUUUUAUUCAGGAUUUAACAUAA